UGGAAGAAAAUCAUUUGUGGUCUCCUCGCCAAAGAGAAUAGUCGGUUAAAAACAUGAAAAUAUGAGUAAUUUUAAAUAUUUAUGUCUGUCCCAUGAGCUGCUCAGGACAGAUAAUAGUGAAUGAGUGACUUUUUCAUGCCAUUUCAUUAACAUAUUCCUGCCUAGUGAAUAUAAUUAGGUCGCAAUGGCGCUCGUAUGUGAUAUACCAAGGGCUCUAAUUAAGGCCAAAACGAGGCUGAUGGCUUUCCCAAAGUUUUCAUACAAUUCGUUUAUAUGAAAACGGCCAAAAUUGCCGAAUUUCAGGCCUUUUUAUAAACAAAAACCUGUCCGUCAUACGUGGCAUGGCGUACACUGUUGCCAAAUUUUUACAUUUAAGUAUGUCUUCUAGCGAACAACCUCCAGAGGCGGAACCCGCCAACCCCGAUGACAUCGAGGACGGCGAAAUUACAGACGAUGAUGACGAAGAAGCUCCUCCAGAAGCGGCCGCCCAACCGGAACCCAAUCCCGCAACGGCCUGCGCUCACCCUACCAUUCCGGUGAUCCGAAGACAUGGAGGAAGCGUUUCCGAUACGGAUAGUAUCGGGGCUUCCAAGGAGCAAGGAGAACUUGGGGGACGGGAAAAGUCUGAUGAUAGGGAACGUGCUGAUGAGAAAGAUAAGUUCUCGGAUGGUAGGGAGCGCGGCAGGCAUAGAGAUAGGAAGAACAAGGAUAUUAAUAGGGGAAAUAGCAAAGAAAAGGGGCAUCGGCAUAUGACAGAGGCGGAAAAAAGUAUAUUGCACUUGAGGAAGAAAGAGAAAAUGCUUAGGGAGAGGGAAAAGUGGGAAAAGCCUUGGAUUAAACCCGAAGAUGAUGAUUUUGCAAAAAAUAUUGAGAAAACACUCGCUAGCAUUCUGAACAAAAAAGAAAAAGAAGUGGCAGCCUUGAGUGCCGGCGAGGAUGCGGUCAAAGAUGAUGAAAAAAGGACAAAAAAGAGGAAAAAGGAAGGCAAAGACAAACGGCCAAAGAACAAACACAGAAGAAUGAUGGAUUCUCCCCGCUCAGAAAUUGACGAAAACGAAAUGCUAAAUAUUAGAAGCGGAUCACCUUCAGGUGCCGAACAGAAAGUUCAAGGACAUCCUCCUGCUGGUUCUUACUUGCCCAUGGAGCACCAGCACCACAGGCGCUCCAGGACGCCAUCCAGAUCUGAUGAUAGUUAUAACUCUGAGUUAAGCUCAGAGGAAAGAGAGGAGAGAGCAAGACGGAGGAUGGGAAAACAGCAAAGAAAGAAAAAAGAAAAGAGACAACGAAGAGACCGAAAGAGGAAUCACCGCGAAGACCCCACAAAAGCUUUACAAGAUUCUCAAGGAGUUUGUGUUUUUUAUUUACAAGGGAAAUGUCAAAAGAAUGAUUGUCCAUACUCCCAUGAAGUCAGUCCACCAAUGAAGUUAGAAUUAUGCAAAUUUUAUUUGAUGGAGUGCUGCGCGAAAGGAGAGAAUUGCUCGUACAUGCAUAGCGAAUUCCCUUGUAAAUUUUACCAUACAGGAUUACCAUGUAUCGCUGGGAAAGAUUGCAAGUUUGCGCAUGGAAAACCUCUCUCUGAUGGUCUAAAACAAAUAUUGUUCAAACACAUCGAGACCGCGCCUCGCGACAUCUUGCAGGGCUUUCCGCGACUCUCUCGCGACGAGGCCCUCAACCUCAUCAAUCAGACACAAAAAAAGCUCAACGAGCAGUACGGCCAUACAUCCACCUCUACCUCUACGGCGGCCGACACCAACACCACUUCUUCGCUUUCUUCUACCGCCUUAACACAUUCUUCGUCUUAUGGGGACCAGGUGGAUCUUUAUGGGGGGCUCGGAAUGUAUAAAGACGCGAGCAACCUGCCAAUUGUCGGCACGUCCAGCAAUGAGAAGGAAAAGGAUGGCGGAUCUAAAGGUACAGGGAUACCGUCUUUGUUUGAUAUUACAGUCCCGGUGCCGAGACAGUUAGAUUUUGAUCUUAAAACUGGCAAAAGAAACAAAAAUUCACGAUGGCAGCAAGAUGAGAACAGUUCAUCCAUGGGAUAUUUAAAUAAAAACAGUUAUCACUACGGAGCUGAUCAAGAUAUGAGAUUUUCUAGCAAUGGAGACAUAGAUAUGAGAACCCUUCCAGCCAUUCCAUCUUCCUCUAUUGUUCAAGAUAAUUCACUUGCAAAUUCUGACUGUCAGAGUGAUCUUACACAAAAAGAUGUUGAUAUUAGGCAGUUCCCUCAAGAUACAGAUAUUAGGAUACCUAAUCCAUUUGGCAGAAAAAUCCCUCCACCUUUACCAAUGGAUGUUGAUAAUCGCAACAUUAUAUAUGACAAUAUGUCCAAAGACCAAUCUCAACUUACAAAUGAAGACGGUUCCGGUUUAGGUGUUGAAUUGCCCCAAACAACUAGGGAUUUAAUAGCGAGGAUAAAUGCUAAUCAGAAGAAUAAUGCGGUAGAUAUGACAAUGAGUGAUUUGCAGAAUCAGCAGUCUCAUAAUGUACAACCAGAUUAUGAGGAACAAAAUAUAAACUGGUACUCUGAUGACGAUGACGAUGACGACAAUCGCCUCACGAUCAAGGUUGAAGAAGAUGACACUAAUAAAAGAGAAAGGGAAGAUAGCAUUUCGGAGAAGGACGUACAAGAACAUUAUAGAACGCCCAGUUCUGCCUUCUCUCCGCCGGAAUUAAACGCCCAAGCAACAGAUAUCGUGGGCAAACUGGGAGACUUGUCGAAAAUCGAUAUUUCAGUCGAAGUGACUAAACUGCUCAGUUCUAUGAGUCAAAACAAGAGUUUUUCUUCGUCUAGCGGUAGCGCCGCUAUUACUUCAAAAUCGGAGGAGAGUUUAAGUCCAAAGGGCGGAUCUAGUCCUAUUGGUUUACCAGUAGACCCGAGAAUAAAUAAACAGGCCAAAGUGGACUCCAGGCCGGACCCACGAUUGAGCGACCCCAGGCAAAGAGGUCGUCAGAAUUCAAUAGAAACUAGAGAAAAGGAGAAGAAGUCUGACAAGAUGAGCAUAUAUGAGCAAGGUGGUAUGGACAUGAAAAAAGCUGCUUUGGAAAUUGAGAAUGAAGAAGUUAGGGGUCGUCCAGAUAUAGACUUAAGGAAUAUGUCUCUUCCAUUCAAAGGGAUGCAAAACUACACCCCCGCCACUGAAAUUGAUGCCAGCAUAAAUUCACAUCCGCCUAUGGUUUGGAAGGUGAAUGAGGUGGAAAUACCUAGACCAGACUAUACUGGACUUAAAUUGAGUAUCAGCGAUGCGGAGAAAACAGGAGAUCCAAGAUUGAGAAAAAUUUUCCGGUUAAGUAUUGACGAGAAAGACAGUCCCGCCUCACCAAAAGCAAGUCCGAAACACAGUUCGGGUGUAAGAAUCGAUCCUAGAUUAAGAAAAAUGGAAGAAAAAAUUGAUCCUAAGGAUUCUCUUACGCAAGGACAGAUGUCCUACAACCAGCAAGUCACUAUGCUUCAGUCUUCGCAGUUCUACCAAAGUUUAACCAGCAAUCAGAAACUGAUGCUUAAUCAGGAGUUGGCGCGGUGCGAUCAAAGCGGAGGUAGCGGCUUACACGAUCCCGUUUUGAACACUUUGUUGACCACUUUGAAUUUAUUACCUUCGGGUGGUUCAGCAAAUCAACCACAGCCCCAAAUGACCGCAAGCUCCCCACUAGGAGCAGCAGGUGCCAUUCUUGCCAACAUUAAUAAAAUGAACCCCUUAAUGAACCCCAAUCAGGCGCUUAUAGGGGGACCGGGACUCCUAGGAGCAGCACCCGGAAUCCCCAACAUCAACUCCAACCUCGGCCCGCCGAUGAACCCCGAUUACCCCAUGAACUUUGACCCACGUGGUGCCCCUGGUAUCUUGGGCAAUCCUCCCGCACCAUUCGGGCAAUUCGGUGGCAUGGAUCAACAAGGUUUCGGUGGUUAUAACGACGAGUAUUAUGGCGGUUUUGACGAGCAACAUGGCAACAUGAUGAACCAAGGGGGACAUCAGCAGGGUGGAAAUAUGGGACACCCGGGACCUAAUUUCCGGCAAGGUGGUAGAGGUUUCAAUAAUAACAGGGAUCAGAGGCGAAGGGGUAACAGAGACGGAAAUUUCAGGGGCGGAAGAGGAAACCAUAGGCAUUUUAAUAAAAGGGGCGGGAGCAGAGACAAACUGGAUAGAAAUGACAGAGAGAGAAGGGGCAAUAGGGGCCACUCGCCUCAGUGAUUUUUACCUUAGAUUAUUGCCUAAUUUGACAUUAACAAUUAAUUUAUUUGCAAUGUGUAAAUAUAAAAAUUGAUAUUGUUUUUUCUUUUGAAUAAAGUGUGUUUGGUUCUACUUAUUUAUCGAUGCCAACUUUUUGACUUUUAGUGUAUAUUAUAUUGGCUACUUUCUCUAUAUUUUGUUGAAAUUAGUUCUGAAUUGUAAUAAACUACCGUUUUGUACUAUUUUAAGCAAUCCAUUAUAUAUGAAUUAUUGUUCUAAUUAUGUGCCAAAAAGACACAAUUCUAUUGGUUGUAUAUAGUGCAGGAUGGUUUCGUGUUUUAACCUAAGGAUAAUUAAUCGCAACUUAUGUAUAUAAACUUAUAUUAUGAUUAAAUCCCUUUAUACGAGUAUGUAUAUUGUAUAAUAUAAAUAUGUAUAUAAAAUUGUAUAUACAUUGUAAUUUUGGACUGAAAUCUCUACUAUUAAAGGUAGUUUCAUCAUGUUAAUAACAAAAAUAUUAUUUAUAUUUUGUCUUAUACCACGGAGUUGUAAAUUUUAUUUUUUUUGGUAUAAAGCGGAGUUUGUAUUUGGUUUGUAUAAAAUAUAUGAAAAAUUAAGGAAUAUA